UCCGCUUAAGACGGGGUCACCAUCUCUGCUGGCAAAGUUUGCUGUUGAGACUGAAGGAGGGUUCGGCGAGAUCAAAAUAAGUACAGCGAAUAUAAUACAGCCGAUUGUCCGUUUUUCAGGUUUUUAGGCGUGCAGCUGUGAAACAGUGCAGCGUAACGUACGGUACGGUACACGUUAUCUGACUGCAGUCAUGUCCGAGGACCCGAGCUCUCAACCUUGGUCUAUCAACAAGGAUGACUAUGAGCUACAGGAGGUGAUCGGAAGUGGAGCAACAGCUGUGGUCCAAGCAGCGUAUUGCAAACCCAGGAAGGAGAAAGUGGCCAUUAAACGCAUCAAUCUGGAGAAAUGCCAGACCAGCAUGGAUGAGCUCCUGAAAGAGAUCCAGGCCAUGAGCCAGUGCCAUCACCCAAAUAUUGUGUCUUAUUACACCUCCUUUGUGGUUAAGGACGAGCUUUGGCUGGUCAUGAAGUUGCUCAGUGGUGGCUCAGUUCUUGAUUUUAUUAAGUACAUCAUUUCCAAAGGGGAGCACAAAUCAGGUGUGAUGGAUGAGGCCAGUAUUGCCACCAUACUAAAAGAGGUGCUAGAGGGUCUGGAUUAUCUACACAAAAAUGGUCAGAUUCACAGGGAUGUUAAGGCAGGAAAUAUUCUUUUAGGAGAGGAUGGAUCGGUACAAAUUGCAGACUUUGGUGUUAGUGCCUUUUUAGCAACUGGGGGAGACAUGACUAGGAACAAAGUAAGGAAGACUUUUGUGGGAACUCCCUGCUGGAUGGCCCCAGAGGUGAUGGAACAGGUUAGGGGCUAUGAUUUCAAAGCUGAUAUUUGGAGUUUUGGAAUUACGGCUAUAGAGCUGGCAACUGGAGCUGCUCCGUAUCACAAGUACCCUCCAAUGAAGGUUCUCAUGUUAACCCUGCAGAAUGACCCUCCUUGUCUAGAGACUGGAGUUACAGAUAAAGAGAUGGUCAAAAAGUAUGGGAAAUCCAUUCGGAAGAUGAUCUCCUCGUGCCUCCAGAAAGAUCCAGAGAAACGGCCAACAGCUGCUGAGCUUUUAAAAAACAAGUUCUUUACAAAAGCCAAGAACAAUGAAUACUUGAAAGAAAAGUUGCUGGAGAGGGCACCAACAAUAGGAGAGCGAGCACGGAAGGUGCGGAGGGUUCCAGGCUCCAGUGGGCGUCUCCACAAGACUGAGGAUGGAGAGUGGGAAUGGAGUGAUGAUGAGCUAGAUGUGGAGAGUGAGGAAGGCAAGGCUGCAGUGGCUGCUUUACGGUCACCAAGAGUCAAGGAGGAAGCCGUGCAAAAUGCAGAGAUCUUUUCAGGGAAUCCGCCAAGCUUCCUGCAGGCAGCAACUGCAGGUCAGUCUGAAGUGCCACAAACCACAGAUGAAACUGCCACAAUAUCAGCGUCAUGUCCAGGCUCCCAGGCUGUUGGUGCACCUACUGCAACAUGGCAGGACUCGGCCAAGACCCCUAUUAGCCUGGUCCUAAGACUAAGGAAUACAAAGAAAGAGCUGAAUGAUAUCAGAUUUGAAUUCAUGCCAGGGCGAGACACAGCUGAUGGAGUGUCUCAGGAACUUGUGUCUGCAGGACUGGUGGAUGGGAGAGACUUAGUCAUUGUUGCAGCCAAUUUGCAGAAAAUUGUUGAUGAUCCUCUAACCCACGGAAAUGUCACUUUUAAGCUGGCAUCAGGAGUGGACAGCUCUGAAAUCCCAGACGAUGUUAAACUCAUGGGAUUUGCUCAGCUCAGUAUAAGUUAAAA